AUGAAGGCUGUAUUUGAUCCCAUAAAAAUGAAGGAUGUGACUACAAAAAAUGGAGAAUCAAGUCAACAAGAGAGUGUUGAUAAGUCUGAGGUUUUAAGGAACUCAAAUUCCUCAAAAAACAACAAAAGAAAACUUGAAGAUAAUAUUUUUGACAAUGAUGAAGAUGAGGAAGCUAUAUUUGUUUCACAGACAAAGUCAAAAGGGAUAGCUAUUAAGUUGGAUAAUACAGUGAUCAAGGAACAAAAUUCAAACACAUGUCACCAGUGCAUGAAAAAGGAUAUGCUAUCAUUUGCAUCUUGUACAAAAUGUAACAAAUCAUAUUGUUUCAGGUGCAUCAGAAAAUGGUACCCCAAUUUAACAUUCAAAGAUAUUGUAGAAAGGUGCCCCUGGUGCUGUAAGAAUUGCAACUGCAAUGUUUGCUUAUCUUCAAGAGGAAUGAUCGAGACAUCUAAGAGGAACGUCACAGAUGGUGAAAAAGUUCAUCAUCUCCAAUAUAUGCUCAAAUUACUACUUCCAUUUGUUCAACAAAUUUGUGAAGAACAAAAUCAAGAACAAGAGAUUGAAGCUCAAAUACAAGGAAAAUCAUGUUUUGAGAUUGAGAUACCACAAACUCAAUGUGAUGUUGGUGAACGUGUCUAUUGUGACCAUUGUGCUACUUCGAUUGUUGACCUUCAUAGAAGUUGUGCCAAAUGCUCGUUUGAACUUUGCCUCAGUUGCUGUAAAGAGAUACGCAAUGGAAGCGUUAAACCACGCUCUGAAAUGAAGGCUCAAUACAUAGAUAGAGGUUAUAGUUACAUGCACGGCGGUGACCCUGAUCUUCUACAAAUGUUUUCUAAUGCAAGUAAUAUUGUAGAGCGUCAUGUUCAAAUGUUCACUAGAUGGAAUGCAAAUGAUGAUGGAAAUAUUAAAUGUGCUCCAAAACAACUUGGAGGUUGUGGUGGAUGCGUGUUGGAGCUCAAACGCAUGCUUCCAAGUGAGAGAGUACCCGAUUUGAUAAACAAAGCACACCAUCUACUAAAGCGUUUUUGCAAUAUUGAAGAUGAAGUGAAUGUCGAUGAAGAUCUAUUUGAAUUCCAAAAACAUUGGAGGAAUGGUGAGCCAGCUAUUGUCGAGGGUGUUCUUAGACAAGGAACGGGUCUUAGUUGGGAUCCAAUGGUUGCUUUUAAAGCAUUGUCUGGAAAUUUGCCAUCCGGUGACAACUCAAAUGAUACAGUUACAGUUGUUGAUUGCUUGUCUGGCUGCGAGGAAGAAAUGAACACUCACCAGUUCUUGGAAGGUUAUAAAGAUGGACAAAAAUAUAUAAACUUAUGGCCAACGUUGCUCAAGAUAAAAGAUUGGCCUCCUUCUGACAAUUUUGAAAAUGUUUUGCCGCGACAUUUUGACGAGUUUAUUCGUUGCUUGCCGUUUCAAGAGUAUUGUGAUCCUCGAGCCGGAAUCCUUAACCUUGCUUCCAAGUUACCCCCACAUGUGAUAAAGCCUGACUUGGGUCCAAAAACGUAUAUUGCUUAUGGAAUCAAAGAAGAACUUGGAAGAGGAGAUUCAGUUACAAAACUUCACUGUGAUAUGGCAGACGCGGUGAAUAUUUUGACUCAUACAACUGAGGUGAAAUUAACUGAUGACCAAUAUUCUGCUAUUAGAAAAAUAAAAAGAGCACAUCAAGCUCAAGAUAAGAAAGAGGGUCUUGCUAAAAAGAAUAGAGGCCCUUCUAAGAGUGAUGAAAAAUCUAUCACAGAAGAAACAACAGAAAUAGGUGGUGCUCUUUGGGACAUAUUCAGAAGAGAAGAUACCAAAUAUUUAGAAGCAUAUCUAAGAAAACACUCCAAUGAAUUUAGGCAUCUUUACUGUUCUCAGGUGAAAGAGGUUAUUCAUCCAAUUCAUGACCAAUGUUUUUAUUUGACUUCGGAGCAUAAGAAGAAGUUAAAGGAAGAGUUUGGAGUAGAACCUUGGACAUUUGAGCAGAAACUUGGUGAAGCAGUAUUUAUACCUGCUGGAUGUCCACACCAAGUUAGAAAUCUCAAGUCAUGCACAAAAGUUGCUGUAGAUUUUGUGUCACCAGAAAAUGUGCAUAUGUGCAUGCAUUUAACCGAAGAGUUUCGCGGUCUUCCUAAGAAUCAUAAGGCAAGAGAAGACAAACUUGAGAUUAAGAAGAUGAUACUCUAUUCUGUUGAUCAAGUUGUUAAAGAAUUAGAAGCAUUCAUUUGA